AUGUCGGCGACGCAUGAGCCGGCGCAGGUGUACAUUGUCUCGGGCGGGUCCUCAUCAGGGCCCGGCGAGGCAUCGUACAACUCUACGUCUCUUCCAGAUAUCCUACGCCGCUCCGGAUCGUCCAACAAGCGCAAGAAACGGCGUGCGGCGAUCGAGAAUGACAAGAUCCUCUCGAAAAUUGAGCUGAUCCAAGACUUUGAGUUCCCCGAGGCGAGUAACAAGAUCCGCUUCACGCGCGAUGGCCUGCACAUUAUGGCCACUGGUACAUACAAGCCCCAGAUCCGUACGUGGGAGUGCGAGCAGCUCAGUCUCAAGUUUGAGCGGCACACGGACGCCGAAAACGUCGACUUUGUGAUGUUGUCCGACGACUGGACCAAGUCGCUCCACCUGCAGAGCGACCGCUCGCUCCAGCUGCAGGGACAGGGCGGCACGCACACGAGCGUGCGCCUGCCGCGCUUUGGCCGCGCCUUGGCCUACCACUUCCCCACUGCCGACGCGCUGGUGGGCGCGUCGGGCAACGAGAUCUACCGUUUGAAUCUGCACCAGGGCAGGUACAUGGCGCCGUUCGUCUUGGGCGAGCGGGGAAAUACCGUGACGGGGUGCAACGCGAUCGACGUAAACCCUGCCCACGGCCUGCUGAGUUUCGGCACCGAGGGCAGCGGAAUAGUGGAACUAUGGGAUACCCGCAUGCGCCGCCAGGCGGGUGCACUGAGCAUUGCGACGCAGACGGUCCUCGACGCUGCGCUCCUCUCGCAACGGCGCCAGCUUCCGGGCGUGUACGGCACCGAGGCCGAGGACGAGGCGGUGGCGCGUGCUUCGUCCGCGCUUGCCGUCACGUCGCUGGCGAGUGCCGAGGACGGACUGAACAUGGCGGUCGGCACCAACACCGGCCACGUCCUCUUGUACGAUCUGCGCAUGGACAAGCCGUACACGACCAAGGACCAAGGUUUCGGCCUGCCGGUCCACUCUCUUUCCUGGCCCGGCGACUGCAACGCGGCGGCAGCGGCAGGCAACAUGGGUGCGGACGCACACGCACGCUCCGAGUCGGCCAACAAGGUGCUCAGUGCCGAUGCCAAGGUCAUCAAGGUCUGGGACAAGAACACGGGCGAGAACCUCGUGUCGGUCGCGCCACCUGCGCCCACCACCAACCUGAACGACGUGCAGCACUACCCCGGCAGUGGUCUGCUCUUUGCAGCGGUUGAGGCGACACAGAUGGCCGCGUGGUACGUGCCUGCACUUGGUCCUGCUCCCCGCUGGUGCAGCUUUAUCGAUAAUGUCACCGACGAGAUCGACGGUGCGGAUGCGGCCGGCGUCGGCGGCAAUGCUAAUGCGUACGAGGACUUCAAGUUUGUGGACCAAGCCGAGCUCGAGCGUCUGGAGCUUACGCAUCUGGUCGGCACGCCCUUGUUGCGUCCGUACAUGCACGGCUACUUCUUGUCGCUGCGUCUGUACGAGCGUGCGCGUCUUAUGGCGCAUCCCUCGGCGUACGACGAGGCGAAGCAGCGUGCGAUCAAGGCCAAGCUCGACCGCGAGGCCGAGAGCCGCGUGCGCAGCGUCGCCAACCGCAAGUCCCAGCGCAAGGUCCCAGUCAACCAGGCGCUGGCCGAGAAGCUCGCCAAAGGCGACACAAAGCACAAGGAAGAUACCGGCCUGCUCGACGACCAGCGUUUCAAGGAGCUCUUUACCAACCCCGAGUUCCAGGUGGACGAGUCGAGCCACGAGUUUGCGAUGCUCAACCCCAGCACCGCCGCCCAGGCGGCGACCAAGCCCGCGCUGCGCCAGUCGAGCCGCGAGCUGGUGCCUGCUGCGGCCGAGGAGAUCGAGAGCGAUCGCGAGUCGCUCGAUCCCGACCAAGAAGAGCAGAUGGACGCGUCCGAGGACGAGGCACCGCCGAGCCCCCCGCCGGUGCGCGCGUCGCAGGCGCUUGCGCAGCGUCCUGCAAAGAAGGCGCCGCGCCUCGUCGACGAGGACGAUGCGCCGCUCGAAGAGCGCACGCAGACGCUCGGAGAGCGCGCCGGCAAGCAAAAGAAGCGCGCGCAGCACGUCGAGGAGGAUGUGGGUGCCCAAGGCGCCUCGAGCAUCUCGUGGACGCCGUCGCAGUCCAAGUCGGCGCAGCCCAAAAAGAGCAAGCGUCCCACCAAAGAGGAUACAUUCGGUAUGGGUCUAUCGAAAGGAGCCGGAGCCGACCAAGGCUACGGCGUCGAUGCACUGUCGGACCAGGCGCGCUUUGGGCGUAAGCAGCGCCGCACGCCCGGCCGCAGUGCGAGUCGCAACGUGAUGCGGUCUACGACCAAGUAG